AUGUCGCGCGCCGAGCAGAGACAUCUGUGGGAAGAGUUGCGACGCUCCCGAUCUCGCCUGGCUCCACGAGACGCCUUUUGCCGAGCGAUCCGCCGAUCCGCCCUCCCUCCAAACGACUUCCAACCCGACAACCUUCACUCAGACGACCUCCUCCCAGACGACUCCCACUUAGACGAUACCUGGCCUCCCUCCACCCUGCUCUCCCUCCUCCCUCCUCUCCCCUGCCUCCCUCCUUCCCCCCCCCUCCAAAUGAAACGCUUCCCUCCACCCUCCUCACUUCCUCCUCUUCAGGAUGGCGACGGAGACGAAGACCCCGCUUUCUCGACCCAGACGAGCGUGGUGGAUGAGAUCCCCGUUCCGGGGCCCCAACGGCGCGGGGCCUUCUCGGCCGAGGCCAUCAGCGAGGAGGACGCCGCCACUUACGUCAAAAAGGUGGUGCCGAAGGACGAGAAGACGAAGGAGGCCCUGGCCCGAGCGAUAAGCAAGAACGUGCUGUUCCUUCACCUGGACGAAAAGGAGCGGACGGACAUCUUCGACGCGAUGUUCCCCGUCUCGGCGGCGCCGGGGGAGGUCAUCAUCGAGCAGGGGGACGUCGGAGAUAACUUCUACAUCAUCGAUAAGGGAAAAGUCGAGAUCUACAAAGACGAGAAGCUGGUGUCCACGUUCGGAGAGGGCGGGAGCUUCGGGGAGCUGGCCCUCAUCUACGGGACGCCGAGGGCUGCGACGGUGAAGGCCAAGACGGAGUGCCAGCUGUGGGGGAUCGACAGGGACUCAUACCGACGCAUUCUCAUGGGGUCGACCAUAAGGAAGAGGAAGAUGUAUGAGGAUUUCCUCGAAAAAGUCAAGAUCCUGCAGACGCUGACCGAAAACGAGCGAUACGCGAUAGCCGAAGCAUUAGAGGAAGUGACGUUCAAAGACGGCGAAGUCAUCGUGAAACAAGGAGAUCAAGGAAACGAAUUUUUCAUCAUCCUCGAGGGCAGAGCGGGCAUCUUGCAGAGACCGGCCCCCGACAAAGACCCCGUUCCACUCGGAGAACUCACGACAGCGGAUUACUUCGGCGAGAUAGCCCUACUCCUGGACCGGCCCCGCGCAGCCACCAUCGUCGCCCGCGGGCCCCUCAAGUGCGUCAAGCUGGAUCGAGCGCGGUUCGAGCGGGUCCUGGGCCCCUGCAGGCACCUCCUCCAACGGAACAUCCCACUCUGGAACAGCUAUGUGUCUCUUUCUCUCUGAUGCGCGCGCGUGUGAUUCGAGAAACGAUAUUCCGUCGUCCGUCUUCCUGCCAACUCCAGCUGUUUUUCGAUUCGUACUGCGCGCAUUUAUUAUAAGGUGAAUGGCUGUCGGAGGAGACAUUAGUGGUCUGGGAGUAUUUGUAUCCUAUCGUUUUCGUUGAUCCAGGAGCCAUCGAGCAAUCCGAUAUACAGAUGAAAUAGAAUACAAAACUCUAUAUGAAGUCCGUAUAUGAGAAUGAGAAGAGGGAAGAUAACGACAAGUAUCGACGAAGAUGCCAGGCACUACUGAGCAUGCAAUUUCGUAUACCAUGAACCUUGGCCGAUACAUCACGCUUCCUUCCCCGUUCUCUUUUUCAUCUACAGGCUAUUUUAUGAACCUUUUUGUACUCCCAAUUGGUUUCCCCGGCCUUUUCCUUCGUGGCAGCACAGAUCGCCAUCACCUUCAAUUUCUGCGGACGAUGGGUCCCCGAAGUCGGCCGUUUGCACACGAUAGUUCUAGCCACCAGUAGCAUCAAUAUUCUAGUCCAACUUAAUUUUUUUUUUAAGGUGCUGUGUGCGUGCAAGAACAAGGAUUGAAUGUAAAAUGCUGAAAAGAAUCUCUUUCAGAUAUCCUCGACCGAAAACGCGUUGCGCAGAUUCACAGAUUCCAACUGAUUUACCUGCCUUCGUACGUGUGAGAAACUGAAUGGGGUUCGAUUCCUCUGGCUCCCACGAGACUCAAUGAACCUGCAGUGAUCCCCUUGACUUCUUGAAUGAUGGGAAAUUGUGCAUUCACAUGUGACUAAGAAUGGUUCCAUUGAAUAAAUCAGGUGUAAUUUAA